AGUCACGCUUCGCGCUCCUUCUAGAUCACACGACUUAUUGACUUCUUGGAGAUGUCUCGGUGUUUGUUGUCACGACAAAUGUUUAAUAAGUUUUUAAAUUUGAAGCCAUUGUGCUCUUUCUACUCAUCUGGUCCUAAGGGACAUGUUGUUGGCAUAGAUCUUGGAACAACAAACUCAUGUGUUGCAGUUAUGGAGGGAAAGCAGCCUAAAGUUUUGGAAAAUUCAGAAGGCUGUCGCACUACUCCAUCAGUAGUGGCAUUUACAAGUGACGGAGAGAGACUUGUGGGCGCGCCUGCCAAGAGACAAGCUGUUACUAACUCGGCAAACACGUUUUCUGCAACCAAACGUCUUAUAGGGAGGCGGUAUGACGAUCCAGAAGUACAAAAGGACAUGAAGAACUCUGCGUUCAAAAUUAUUAAGGCUUCCAAUGGAGAUGCUUGGCUUGAAGCUCAUGGCAAAGCCUAUUCACCCAGCCAGAUAGGUGCAUUUGUGUUAAUCAAAAUGAAAGAAACUGCAGAAAGUUAUCUGGGGUCGAAGGUGAAAAAUGUGGUGAUCACCGUCCCUGCUUAUUUUAACGAUUCACAACGACAGGCAACAAAGGAUGCUGGGAAAAUCGCGGGCAUGGAAGUCUUGCGUGUCAUAAACGAACCUACUGCUGCGGCUUUGGCUUAUGGUCUGGAUCGAACAGAUGACAAAACGAUAGCGGUUUAUGAUCUUGGGGGUGGUACAUUCGAUAUAUCAGUAUUAGAAAUUCAAAAGGGGGUGUUCGAAGUGAAAUCCACCAAUGGCGACACAUUUUUAGGGGGUGAAGAUUUUGACAAUGAAUUGCUACGCUUUCUGAUUAAGGAAUUUCAACGAGAGCAAGGUAUCGACGUCACUAAAGAUCCAAUGGCGCUCCAGCGUGUCAAAGAAGCUGCAGAAAAAGCUAAAAUUGAAUUAUCAUCUUCCUUGCAAACCGAUAUUAACCUACCUUAUUUAACUAUGGACAAAGCAGGCCCCAAACAUAUGCAUUUCAAAUUAACUAGAGCAAAAUUAGAACAUCUGGUGGAGCCUCUAAUCAAGCGUACAAUCGAACCAUGUAACAAAGCCUUGAAGGAUGCCGAAGUAAAAGCUUCAGAUAUCAGUGAAAUUAUACUAGUCGGUGGUAUGACCCGAAUGCCCAAGGUUCAAGAGACGGUUGAGAAGAUAUUUGGAAAGACACCUAGUAAAAGUGUUAAUCCAGACGAGGCUGUAGCUAUGGGUGCGGCAAUCCAGGGGGGAGUUCUUGCUGGUGAUGUCACAGACGUGCUACUUCUCGACGUUACUCCUUUGUCACUUGGAAUAGAAACUCUAGGCGGUGUUAUGACUAAGCUUAUAAAUCGAAAUACAACUAUUCCCACAAAAAAAUCUCAAGUGUUUUCUACGGCUGCCGAUGGCCAGACACAAGUUGAAAUCAAAGUGUAUCAGGGUGAGCGUGAAAUGGCAAAUGACAAUAAAUUACUGGGACAGUUCUCCCUGGUGAGUUCUUAAUAACUUGCUGUUAUUGUACUUUUUUAUAUAUAAUCACGUUUUUCGUAUGAUAUUACUUCGUUUAUUGUUUCUAAUAGGUGGGAAUACCUCCUGCCCCACGUGGUGUCCCUCAAAUUGAGGUCACAUUUGAUAUCGAUGCCAACGGAAUUGUCAAUGUAGCUGCACGUGACAAAGGCACUGGUAAAGAACAACAGAUUGUCAUACGUUCCGGUGGAGGUUUAAGCAAAGAUGAGAUUGAGAAUAUGGUGCGCAAUGCUGAACAAUAUGCAGAAGUUGACAAAAAGCGUAGAGACCUCGUGGAGUCAGUAAACCAAGCAGAAGGUAUUGUUCAUGAUACAGAAUCAAAAAUCAAUGAAUACAAAGAUCAGUUGCCUUCAGAUGAGAGGGAGAAACUGAGUGUACUUAUCGAAAAGUUAAAAAGUCGGUUGAGUAACAAAGAUAAUGAAACUGCUGAAAGCAUUAGAGAAGCUACUAAUGAACUUCAGCAAGCAUCGCUGAAGUUGUUCGAAGUUGCCUAUAGAAAGAUGGCAGGUGAGCAGGGAACAAAGACUGACUCUCAAAAUGAGGAAUCAGCCAAACAAGAAAAACAAUAAUCAACGGUUCGUUGUCAGGAUUCCUUCCUCACAAAUGUAUUUGCUUCAACCUUUUAAUUCUCAGAGUCGAGUGUGCUUUAUCGAAAAUCAAUUAACAUUUGUUCUGGUGACAAUAACGAUUGUUUGAUUGUAUCUUUUGAAUUAUUAGCUCCUUUAGAACUCGUCACUUGCAGUAUUAAAAUUGUGUACAUAUUUUAAAAUGUCAUCAAUAAAAUUUAUUUCGGUUCAUC